UAUAAUAAACACAUAUGAUAUGAUAAGCACAUAUAAUAAACACAUAUGAUAUGAUAAAAAUAAUAAAAGCUUCUGAGACCUGCUGUUCUGGAGUUUGUCCAGUAGCUCGUCUGACCGCACGCUGUGCACUGGACCAGCGCUGGUCUGGCUCUGGAGCGCCCCCUUGCUGUGGACCGGAGAACAGAAACCUCCUGACCAUAUCUGUACUGUCUGGUAACCGUGGUAACUAAAUUUGGGAUUGAUUUAAGACAAGUCUUCUGAUUCUGAAGUCUUUCGUGAACUGAACUGAACUGUUGUUAUUUUGUUCCAUUUGUUUAUGAUUCAGAAGAAGAAAUCACUCCAAUGUCAUCUUGUUAACUCCGACAGGGACACUCUAACCUGAGAUAAGAUUCCCUAAAAUAGUUAGGAUUUACUAUAUGAAAUAGUUAGGAUUUACUAUAUGAAAUUGAGAAAAAGCCUCAUCUUAUACUCUUAUAAUAUUAUACUCUUGCUUGCUAUCUAAACUUGACACUUCAGAUAGGCAGUUUCUGUGGUCUCCGGCAGCUGAUCCAAGGUCAGCCCAGAUAGUCCAGAGUUAGCUGCUGUGUGUUGAAGGGGCUCAGACCUAGUCCAGCAUUAGGCCUGAUCGGCUGGGGCUCAGACUCAGUCCAGCAUUAAGCCUGAUCAGCUGUGUGAGUGUGUUUAUGACUGCGGUACAGUCUUCCAUGGGGCUCGCCUGUGUGUGUGUGUGUGUGUGUGUGUGUGUAAAUCACGAUCCAUUCCUGGGAGCUCAUCUGCUUUCCUUCACAUCCUGCACACGUGUGUGUGUGUGUGUGUGUGUGUGUGUGUGUGUGUGUGUGUGUGUGUGUGUGUGUGUGUGUGUGUUCCUGGGAGCUCAUCUGCUUUCCUUUCCUUCCCUCUUGCCUCUGAUUGGUCUUCUCUGGAUGGGAUCUGCUGCUCUGGUCCAAUCAUGGCAGGAGCUGGACGAGCAGGCAGAUGACCGCAUGGCGCUGGUGUCGGGCAUCAGUUUGGAUCCGGAGGCUGCCAUCGGCGUCACCAAGAGACUGCCCCCCACAUGGACUGAAGGGGUGGACGAGAUUCAGUAUGAGCUGACUCGUAUCCGUCAGAAGAUGAAGGAGUUGGCCAGUCUGCAUGACAAGCACAUGAACCGGCCCACGCUGGACGACAGCAGCGAGGAGGAGCACGCCAUCGAGAUCACCACACAGGAAAUCACACAGAUGUUCCACCGAUGCCAGCGAGCGGUGCGAGGGCUGCAGUCGCGCUGUGGUCACUGCACCCAGCAGGAGGAGCGCGUGCUCAGGAACGUGGUGUCUUCCCUCGCCCAGAGCCUGCAGGACCUGUCCACUCACUUCAGACACACACAGUCCAGCUACCUCAAACGUAUGAAGAACCGGGAGGAACGAUCAAAGCACUUCUUUGACUCUGGUCCGUUGAUGGAGGAAGAUGAAGAUCUGGCGCUUUAUGACCGAGGCUUCACAGAUGACCAGUUGAUGCUGGUGGAGCAGAACACUGUGCUGGUGGAGGAGCGGGAGAGGGAGAUCCGCCAGAUCGUCCAGUCCAUCUCCGACCUCAACGAGAUCUUCAGAGACCUGGGCAGCAUGGUGGUGGAACAGGGGACAGUACUGGACCGGAUUGAUUUUAACGUGGAGCAGGCCUGCUUUAAGACUGAGGACGGCCUGAAGCAGCUGCAGAAGGCUGAACAGUACCAGAAGAAGAACCGCAAGAUGCUGGUCAUCCUCAUCCUCUUUGUCAUAGUCGUCGUCCUCAUUUUCAUCUUGUUUCUCACUAAGUUUUAGCUCACAUUCCGAAGUGUGUGUGUGUGUGUGUGUGUGUGUGCGGGCCUAAUCUUUGCUCCAAUCAGGAUUGCUUGUCUGUACAACACUCCCGUGAGAAUAGUGCUAAAGUGUGUAUGUGCAACGCCAUCAGAAGACCAUCUCCAAGGUUCCUAUGGUGACGGAGCAAGUCAAAACACCCCCACGCCCAGUGCAAUGGAACCCCACCCCCCCAUACACACACUCUUUCUCUCCUUCUCUCUCUCUCUCUCUCUCCUUCCCCUCUCUCUCUCUCUCUCUCUCUCUCUCUCUCCUUCUCUCUCUCUCUCUCUCUCUCUCUCUCUGAUGGGUCCGUUAAGCUGCACAGAUUCCCAUUCCCAACAGACUAUUGCUGUUUUUGCCUUGGAAAGUCAAGCACAUCGUUGAUUUGUGUAUCACUAAGCUUUAUCUGUCGUGUGUGUGUGUGUGUGUGUGUGCGUGUGCGUGCGUGCGUGAGAGGGGGGGCACCCUCGUUGGCUCCAGGCCGAUGCAGGCCUCUCCUGCAGCAGAGUGACGGCUGUGGCACUUUAUCUUCACGUCUUUUCUCCUAUCUUCAAUCUCCUCCGCUGCUCCGGCUUCAGCUGCGUCCACCUGCUCUCCCCAGACUGGCCACCUGAGGGGGCACUCCCCAGACUGGCCACCAGAGGGGGCACUCCCCAGACUGGCCACCAGAGGGGGCACUCCCCAGACUGGCCACCAGAGGGGGCUCCAGACUGGCCUCUGCCAGGCUGCUCUCUGUGCUUCAUGUGGUUUUGACAUGCACCUUCCGGCUGAUCUCUGAUUGGAUGUCAGCUCCCACGUGCGGUCUGCUCCUGGCGUGGAUACUACUGUUUCCUGUCAAAUAUGAAAUAUGAAGUCAUUAUUUAUUUUAAAGUGUACAAAUUGUGCAGAUUGUAUCUGGGUGAAAUGUGUGUGUUUGAAUGGAGUGUGUGUGUGUGUGUGUGUGUGUGUGU